AUGUGUGGCUACCAGUGUCGAGAAUGGAAAACAAGCGACGCGGGUGCAGGUGAGAUAGAGAUAGGAGGCCUUCGCCAAUUGUGCGUUAAUCUUGACACUGAAGAGGGUAAGCGUGAAGGUGGCUCUUCUCACGUUGGACCUUCCUCCAACCCUCCGGCAAUUUCCUACCCACACUGCUCCAACACUGGGGAUUCCUUGGUUGUGUUUUCGGUUGAGCUUCGUGACUUUACGCCUGUGUUUCCCCUCCAAGUGGAGAUCACACAAAGUGUUUUUGCCAGUGUGUUUAGAGCUGUUACUAUUGCUAAGACGCUGGUUGUUCUGAACUUUACCAUACGUUGUAUUGUUGAUGGGAUGGCCUGUAGUUGGAAGAGGGCAGGUUUAUGGUCCCAAGUGGCCAUAACUUUUCUCCCACGAAGCCAACGAAUGGGGCUCGGAUUAGGGGUUUUAGGCUCCUCUUCCAGGAUGGCGGAAUUUGCUCGAAACAUUGCUCAUAGAGGAUGUCGGUGCUUCUACCUCUAUUGCCCAAGGCUUUCUAGAUCUGUUGUUGUUGGAAGAUGGUGA